CCUCUCCAAUUCCAGUGCUUUAGCACUAAAAUUGCCCCCCGAUUUGGCACAGCAGGCUGCCAAGUUUGGCUGGGAGGGCAUUCCUAGCUCUCGUCAUUGAUUUGUCUCUCGCUAUUAAAUAAAUCUUGUGUCAUCAUCUUGUGGUUAUGUUGGAGUAAAGUGUGUGAAUGGGCUGAGGUGGAUAAAGUAAUGGCUUGGCUUCAAGAGCUACAAGACAAUGCACAGGAGUAACCAAGGCCAUUUGAGGGCUAGUCUCAACCUUUGCAGCACCAGAGGCUACAUAAGAACCAGCCUCAGAUCCACUCCAUCAGAUGUCGACAACUACCAUGUCAAUGAAAGCUUGGCGCUGGGAAGAGAGCUUGCUUUUACGGAUGGUAGAGAGAGUGAGCCAAUUCUAGGGCCUUUUCAUGAUUUGAGUUGAACAAGGAAGUUCUCUGAAUGAAUGUGGCUUCUAAAUGGAAGUGAAGGCAGCUGAUGAUAUCGAGGAUGCGCACUCAAAAAGUAUGCUUCUUGAAAGGUGGCCACUUGCGCCAGUGGAUUUGAAAAGGGCAAGGUUCCCCUGCUGCAUUGUGUGGACACCACUCCCAAUUGUGUCUUGGUUGGCUCCAUUUAUGGGGCAUCUUGGUAUAUGCCGUGAGGAUGGCACAAUCUUGGAUUUCUCGGGCUCAAAUUUUGUCAGUGUGGAUAACUUUACGUUUGGAGCUGUAGCCAGAUACAUCCAACUAGAUAGAGAUCAGUGCUGCUUUCCACCCCACUUAUCAGGACACACAUGCAAGAACAGAUACAAGCACUUGGAGCGUGGAACUGCGAUCUCAUGGGACGAUGCCCUAAGGUCGAGUACACAACACUUUCAACACCAUUCGUAUAACCUCCUGACCUGCAACUCCCACUCCUUUGUUGCCAACUGCCUCAACCGCCUUGCUUAUAGUGGCUCUGUUUCUUGGAAUCCCCUCAACAUUGGGGCCCUCGUGCUCUUAAGAGCACGGUGGGUGGAUCCUACCUCUGUACUUCGGUCCUUCUUCCCCUUUGCUGUAGUACUUGCCCUAGGCAUUUUCAUGGUAGGCCCUCCGUUCCUCCUCGGCCUCGCCUCCUUCUCCCUUCUCCUCUUCAUUUGGUUUGUAUUCGGAACCUACUGUGUCAAAAAUCUCGUGGAGUGGUAGGAUCGGUUUGGAUUGUCACUGUUAUUCCUGUGUGAUAAUGACAUAGAGGGAGAAUAGGAGGGCUACAUGCUUUUCUUGGGUGAAAAAUAAUGUACACUGAUGGGAUACGGAAAUAGCAGUGUUACAAAAUCACGGUCAAUUGAACCGAUGGGACCUCGUGAGGAGUCGGAUACUCCAUAAGCGAUUCAUCUUUAUUCCGUUGGGUUGUGCUCUCUAAUGUCACUGUUCAUUCAAUGGAGGGUGAGGACCCAGCGUACCAUGGUGUCCUGCAAGGUCCAUAGGAUUGUUCCAUGGCGUUUCCAGGUUCCCCAUACCCCAUGUACCAUGGCAAAUUUGUUCUUAUAACCAAACGUUGUGAGAAUUUUCUUUGGGGAAAGGUGUUGCUGCAAGUUUUAAGUUCUAAUAGACAAAAGCCCGAUGGACCAUUUUGUGGAUUCA